GUCGGAGCUUGGUUGAUGUUGCGCCAGAGCUGUAACUUCCAGGUGUCCAGAUCGGUUUUGUAUUUGAUUGUUUAAUUGAACACGUCAACUUCCUCUAGCCGAACACUUGUUCCUCGCCAACAUUGAUCGGGGACCUUCACGAGGGGGACCAUGACACAAUUACAGAACUCAUCCUUUUGCUCAUAGCAGAAUAAUCACCAUGAGGCGCUUUAUCGUCUCCGCCCUCCUGCUCUUGCAGGCGGUCGCAAUUGCAUUUGCUAGCGAUCAACAAGUUAUCGGAACCCAGGAUGCUGAGAAAGCCACUACGAAGCCCGCGGCCGCGGCCGUGGCCGAAACCGACGUCACCCACGGAGCGCAAGGGCUAUGGACGCCAUAUCAGAAUGGUUGGGAACUAUUCGAAGCCGCCAUGGCUGAGUUCAAGAAGGUCAAGACGCCGCAUCACAAGAGGAGUAGGAAACAAAACGGGCUGUUUGGCACCAUCUUCCACUAUGCCCUGAAGGCGCUGCCGAGCCUGCGAAUCAGUGCUCCUCCCCAAGAGCACACUGCACCUGUCAUUCACGGGCCCCUCCUCGAGGGUGUCAGGCUCCUGCAGCAAUCGGCCGACCAGAACAAUACCGACGCGAUAUACGUCCUUGCCCAAAUGAACUUCUUUGGCAACUACUCCCACCCCAGGAACUUCAAUGUUGCCUUUGAGCAUUACAAAAGAUUGGCUGAGGUUAACGGAAACAGCUCCGCUCAGUAUAUGGUGGGGUUGAUGUAUGCAACGGGUCUAGGCGAUGCUGUUGAGAGAGACCAGUCCAAGGCACUUCUGUAUCACACGUUUGCGGCAAAUCAGGGGCAUACCCGAUCCCAGAUGACCAUCGGUGCCCGACACCAGAGCGGAACAGCGGUCCCCAAGAGUUGCGACAUGGCAUGCAAAUACUAUAAGCGAGUCGCCGAUAAGGCCAUCGCCUGGUAUCGGUCGGGUCCACCAGGUGGCAUGGCCAUUGUGCAGGAAUCGUACCGUCUUGCCGAUGAGUUGGGUGGGGUAUACGGCGAGGGUGCUAGCGUGGUGAGCUCCGGCAUCAAUGCUGUUCGACAUAGCCCUAAUUCCGACGCCUACGCCGCAAUCGACGACGUCAUCGAGUACCUUGAUCUGAUGUCCCAGAAGGGAGACUUCAAGGCAUCUUACAACCUGGGGAGGAUCUACUACGAAGGCCAAAGAGGUCUUGAACGAGACCCUGAUUUGGCGAGACGGUACUUCUUGACGGUUGCAUCCAAGUACUGGCGCGCUAAGGACGGACGUACCGCUGAUAAGGCCACUGUCAAGCCUGGUUUGGAGAAAUACGCGUCCAAGGCUGCGGGCUAUAUCGGUCGCAUGUGGUUACGAGGAGAAGGAUCGUUCAAACAAAACUUCGAUAACGCCAAGAAGUGGUUUGAACGUGGCAUCAAGCAUGGCGAUGCGCAAUCUCAAUGGGGUCUUGGCAUCAUGUUGCUCAAGGGCCAUGGAAUGCCCAUAGAUGUCAAGAGAGCAACGGCGCUCCUCAAGGCGUCUGCGGAUCAGGAAUUCACGUCUGCCCAGGUUGCCCUUGGCGCGCUGCAUCUCGACCAAGGCAACGCCGAUGAUUUACGAAUUGCUAAUCACUACUUCGAAAUCGCUUCUCGGUACGGCAAUAUUGAGGCCCAGUACUAUCUCGCCGAGAUGAUCCACCAUGGCGUCGGUAGAGACAAGACCUGCAACGUCGCUUUGGCAUAUUACAAAUUCGUCGCUGAGAGAGCAGAACCGCUGAUUUCCCCCUGGGCUGAAGCAAACCAAGCCUAUGCCGAUGGGGAUUACGAACUGGCGUUUCUCGACUACGUCAUUGCUGCAGAACAGGGCUAUGAGAAGGCACAGAACAACGUCGCUUACAUGCUGGACCCCAUUCAGUCACGACUACCGUUACCUUCCUGGCUGAAGAGUCAAACUCCGAAAUCAAGCCUACUUCAAAACUCGGCCUUAGCACUCAUCUACUGGACACGGUCAGCUAUUCAGUCUAACAUCGACUCUCUGGUCAAGAUGGGUGACUACUACCUCAACGGCAUAGGCACAGAACCUGCCAUGGAAAGGGCGGCACAAUGCUACACGGGGGCCUCGGAAUACUUCCAGAGUGCUCAAGCCUUGUACAAUCUCGGUUGGAUGCACGAAAACGGCGUGGGGUUGACACAAGACUUCCACCUUGCCAAGCGCUAUUACGAUCAGGCGUUAGAAACCAACGAAGAAGCUUACCUCCCAGUGACUCUCAGUCUCUUGAAGUUACGCAUGCGGAGCGCCUGGAAUACCUUUACUCAUGGUCAGAUCAACUCUAUUCAGGAUGAGCCUGCGAGCAAAAAGGUUUGGUCACUGAGCGAGUGGAUUGCCAAUUUCCUGAAGGAGGACAUUUAUUAUGAUGACGGAACUUACGAGGAUAUGUAUGGUGACACCAUCACCGGGAGUGAUGGGGAGCCGCUGGGCGACGAGUUCGAUGACGGGGUGAUCGAUAGUUUGAUCAUCUUGGGCUUGGCCGCUGUUAUCGUCGGCCUGAUUUAUUACCGCCAACAGAGACAGCAGGCUCACAGACAAGCGCAGGACAACGCGAUUAGAGCUGGGGGACUGGCUCCCCCACCGCCGCAACAAGCAGCACAACCUCAGCACGGUGUUUUUGCACCGGGUGAUCCGGCAAAUCCGCAGUGGGGUGCAGGCGGUAUAGGUCACUAGGAACGGGAUGACGAAGACGAACCAAUAGCCACGAUGAUGGCUUAGUUUUGUGGCAACGCCGGACAGAGCAGAGAAUGAAUGUUGAAUCGACUAUUGGGGCAUUUUUAAUCUUAGCACAAGCUUGACUGGACUACUAGAGUCACGGCUACUGGCACAUAAGCUAGUGAGCAUAUUGAAUGAACCCAAGAUGGCAAGCUAUCGUUUAGAAGAGCUCGGGCCGAUUGUACGAUAUCAUUGUGAUUCCUCGUACGCCAUCUCAACUUAGGGAUGCUGAUUUUCUGUGGUCAUGGGGAUGAACGUGCCAUGUGCGUUACAACGAUCAACCCUGAGCGGGAGCUAUAGACAGCUGCAAGCCCCUCAUUAAUACUCAAGAUAGUACAAUAUAAGCUUAUGCCAAAUGCGG